AUGCACAUCCUCGUCACCAACGACGAUGGCCCUCCAUCGCCCGACUCCUCGCCCUACGUCCAUGCCUUGGUGGAUCACCUCCAGAAGGCAGGGCAUACCGUCUCUGUCUGUCUGCCGCACACGCAGCGCUCCUGGAUCGGCAAGGCGCACAUGAUUGGCCAGACGUUGAAGCCGUCGUAUUAUCGGCCGAGUGCCAACAUCCACGGCCAGGAUGUCGAGGGCACGACGCAUCACCGCCCUUGGCCGACGAAUGAUGUCGAUGAAUGGAUACUGAUCGAUGGCACGCCCGCUUCGUGCGUUCAGAUCGGCCUGCACCACUUCUUUCAGGACAAGGGCCCCAUCGACUUGGUCGUCAGCGGUCCCAACUAUGGCAGGAACACGACGUCCGUGUUCGCCUUGAGCUCUGGGACCCUGGGUGGCGCGCUCGAAGGCGCCGUCUGCAAAAGAAAGUCUAUCGCUCUGAGUUUCGCCUUCUUCUCGCGCAACCACGACCCGCACAUCAUCGAUGCCGCCUGCCGUCAUAGCGUCCGGGUCAUCGAGGCCCUCUACAAACAGUGGCCAUCCGACGACAGCGCAGACCUGUACAGCGUCAACGUUCCGCUGGUAGAGGGCGUCGAGGGGCACAAGACGCUGUGGACGGACGUGUUGCAGAAUUACUGGCGUGAUGGCAGCUGCUUCCAGGAAAUCGACGGGGACGCCGGGGAUGCGACCGAGGAAGAAGCCAUGAUCCGCGAGGGUCCCGGCGGUGAAGCAGAUCCCGAUGGUCAGAGAGCCGGUGCUCCCCAGACGCGAAGGGGGCAUGCUCACAAGCAUUUCAAGUGGGCGCCCAGACUGACGGACGUGUUCAAGAGCGUGGACGAGUCUGAGCCCGGCAACGACGGGCGAACGGUACGAGAAGGCAACACGAGCGUCACGCCCUUGAAGGCCAACUUUGCUCUCGGCAACGGCGCACUCAGCAGGAAAGAGCUCGAGCUUCCAAUCCGCCCACUGUCCGGUGCACCGACGACGCAGGGGAUGCCGCUGCGAACUAGGCAGAGCGGCAAGUCGAAGGCACCCAUACGAGCUGUUGUCGCCUACGAUGACCCCUACGUCCAACCGCUCAUCGUUGCCGCCGUAAAGGCCUUCAUUCCGGAGGCGGAACUGGACCUCGAUACCGAAAUGCCGCCCUCGGCAAGCGCCUUGUCCUUGGGCGGCACGCUCUCGACGCCGGAUUCCCGCGUCGUGCAGAUUACGGCUUACGAAUCGAUCGACUUUGAAUUCGCGUCGUCACACCCGGGAUCCUGCCUCGUCAACAGCUAUGUCAUCCGCAAGGCUCUCAUCCGGAAACACUACCUAUCCACCACGGUCGACCACUGGGUCGCAAAGAACCCGAACUCGCCGCUGAAGCGACACGUCAAGCGCAGCGAAGCCUUUGAGGUUGACUACGCCGAGUUCCUGGACGAUGCUCUCGUGGAGGCGUUUGACCUGAGGGAGAGCCUCGACCGGAAUGGUGCGAUGGAAAGGAACGAGCGCGCGUGGUGGAUUCUGAAGCCGGGCAUGAGCGACCGCGGGCAGGGAAUCAGGCUGUUCAGCACGAUGGAGGAGCUGCAGGAUAUCUUUGACGAAUGGGAAGAGGACAACCCGGAUGACGACGACGAGGAGGACGUCGGCGUCGAGCAAGCAAGAGCUGCCGGGGACGAGCGAGGGGACCACAUCACGACGUCGCAUCUUCGUCACUUCGUCGCCCAGCCGUACAUUCACCCGCCACUGCUGCUCGGCUCCGAGCGUCGCAAGUUUCACAUCCGGACCUACGUCCUCUCUCAAGGCAGUCUGACGGUCCACGUCUACAAGCACAUGCUUGCCCUCUUCGCCGCCAAACCAUACCUGCCCCCUUGGGAACACUCCCCGACCGAUGUGGACUCCUUCCUCACGAACACAUGCCUUCAACAGCAAUCGUCAUCUGCCGACGGCAAGGGUGCGGCGAGCACCAACGCCGUUCAGCGCUUCUGGUCUCUGCCCCUCUCGGCAUCAACGCUGGAGCGCAUUUUCUCGCAGAUUUGCACAGUAACGGGUGAGGCGUUUGAAGCUGCGGCGCGGGCGAUGCCGGUUCAUUUUCAGCCUCUGCCGAACGCGUUCGAGGUCUUUGGGCUAGACUACAUGGUCGACGCCGACGGGUCCGUCUGGUUGCUCGAGGUGAAUGCGUUUCCCGAUUUCAAGCAGACGGGAAGCGACCUGACGGGGAUCGUGGGUGGGUUCUGGAGAGGAGUCGUAAGGAAGGCCGUCGUUCCGUUUUUCCACCUCGAGGUGGAGGCCAAUGAGGAAGACGGCGACAUGGUCCUGGUAAGGGAUAUCGAUCUGGGCAGGCGGUAG